AUGCCGCGGAGGGCUGCAGGAGAAAGCUCCGACCCAGUACUAUUUCCGGGCCCAGACUGCGUCUGCGCGUCGCGCCGCCUAGUGCGUAAUAUCAGAAGCCAACCAAGUCGCCCUGGCCGCCAAGGCCUGGUGGCUAGAGCGGCCCGUCCAGCUCGCCUCCUCCCGGAUAGAGCGUCGCUUCCGCUCAGAGCCGCGUGUGACCUUCCCGCUUGCGGAGCUAUGCUGCCGGCGGCGGCGGCGGCGGCUAGCCGCCUGUGGGGGCCGCGGCUUGGACUCGGGGGAUCAGCGCUCCGCCUUGUCAGGCAACAGAUGCCCGGUGUCUGUGUGGCGCGGCAAUUGAGAAGCAGCAGCCACCGAAGGAGUGAAGCACUCGCCGGUGCACCCCUGGAUAAUGCUCCCAAGGAGUAUCCCCCCAAGAUCCAGCAGCUGGUCCAAGACAUUGCCAGUCUUACGCUCCUGGAGAUCUCAGACCUCAAUGAACUCCUGAAGAAAACAUUGAAGAUCCAGGAUGUCGGCCUUAUGCCAAUGGGUGGCAUGGUGCCUGGUGCCGUCCCUGCUGCAGCACCAGCCCCUGAGGCGGCCGAGGAAGAAGACCUCCCUAAGCAGAAAGAGCAGACACACUUCACGGUGCGCCUGACGGAAGCGAAGCCUGUGGACAAAGUGAAGCUGAUCAAGGAGAUCAAGAACUACGUUCAGGGCAUAAACCUUGUGCAGGCCAAGAAGCUGGUGGAGUCCCUGCCCCAGGAAAUCAAAGCUAACGUCGCCAAAGCUGAGGCAGAGAAGAUCAAGGCAGCCUUGGAGGCAGUGGGUGGCACUGUGGUUCUGGAGUGACAGCACUGCUCCAAGGACUUAUGGACUAGAGUCCCUGGGAUCCAGGCCAAGCUGCUCACCCCGCUUCACUCCCAGGCGGUGCGGUACAGUGUGAGCAACAGCUACUGACGCUAGUGACGGAGGUCUCCUGAGAGAGAGACAACAUGGACCUACUGUGAUGGGGUGGGGCAGUGACAACCUUUGCAGAACUCUCAAGAGAUUGCCUUGGGAACUCAAGUGAAGACACCCUCUGGUGGCUACUGAGAAAAUAUACUAUUCAGGCCGGGUGUGUUCAGUGAGUGGUCUGUGUCCCCAGGGCUUGGAGUAUAAAGGACCACCUUGAGGCAUGUGUAUGUCCUGAACCUCACCCAGGCUCUUUGCCCCUGAAUGCCUCCCUGUUGUUCAUGCUUGGGGUCUGCAGCCAUACAUCACCUCCCAUUGUUGGGGUGGGGUAGCUAAUCUCUGGUACCCCAUAAUAGGCUGUGUCCACCCAGACACAGCAUAUAUGGAGCUGGGUGUAGGGGAGGGGUUGUAUCUUGAGGUUCGGAUGGGGAGUUUCCAAUUAGAUACUUGGAGGGAUUGUGUUCCUUUGUUGAAGACAGGGUUUCUAUAUGUAGCUCUGGCUGUCCUGGAACUUUGUCUGGCUUUGAAUCGGAUCCACCUGCUCUGCCUCCUGUGUGUCAGCACUGCCCAACAUGUACUUGAAGUUUUAGAAGUGACAGUGUGAUACUGGCCCAACCUACCAAGACAGCC